UUCUUUCAUCAGUGCCUUAAACUUAUAGAAUGUUCCCUGUGUGAUGAUGAACAUGAAAUAAUAAUUUGUUCUUGCCAUUUAAUCCAUCAAAAGUGUAUAUUUAUUAUGGCGUCUGCAUUGGAAAUGGUUACAUUGGAAAGGAAUAAUGAUCAACAACAAAUUGCUUCUAGACUUCCUCAAUUUCUAGCUGCUCUCAUAGCUAACCUUGGAGGAUUCAUUGUUGGUAGCAGUCGAGGAUGGACUUCAACGUCACAGUACCCCUUGGUACAUGAGCAAGAAUAUGGCUUUUCCAUAACUACUUAUGAGUUUGCGUGGAUUGGGUCAGCAGUUGCCAUAGGAAACUUCUUUGCCGCACCUUGUUUAGGUUACAUUAUGAGCAAGUUUGGACGUAAAAGGAUGAUGAUGGCGAUGUGUUUUCCUGCAGCUUUAGGUUACACCUUGGUAGCAGUAGCCCACAGCGUGAAAACUAUGUAUAUUGGAAGGAUUAUGACAGGAAUGUGUGUCGGAGGAUAUUUUAUUAUUGUUCCUCUCUACACGGCUGAAAUAGCGGAGACUCAAAUUAGAGGCACUCUGGGUACCUUCCUCCAGGUUAUGAACGCUUCAGGCAUACUGUUCACUUAUAUUGUUGGAAGCUUGCGAUGGCAAGAGACGGUCAGGGGUGUUGCCGCAACUGCGAGAGAUGGUCAGUGGUGUUGUAGCGAUGACAAGAGACGAUCAGGAGUGUUGCCGCAACUGCGAGAGAUGGUCAGUGGUGUUGUAGCGAUGACAAGAGACGAUCAGGGGUGUUGCCGCAACUGCGAGAGAUGCGAUGGCAAGAGACGGUCAGGAGUGUUGCCGCAACUGCGAGUGACGAUCUGGGGUGUCGCCGAGACCUUUGCUUUGUGUUCUUCGGUUCAUGAGGAGUUGAGCGGGGCUAAAGCCAAUUCCUUGCACAGGGGUGUUCCUGAUGUACCUGUAGUAUCCCUGACAGAAAUUUGUUUAGCAAUAGUAGUAGUUUACUUUUUUUUACUCAUAUGCAUCCCAGAGUCUCCUAUUUACUACCUGCUACAAAACAAUGAAGAAGAUGCUAGAAAGUCCUUACAGUGGUUGCGAGGAAGCCAUUACAACAUUGAUGUAGAACUUGCUGUGAAGAAACAAAAUAUUGACGAAAUGAAAGCAGCCAAACUGAAAUUCAUUGAAGCCUUUUCCACCAAAGCUGCCAAAAAAGGAUUGGUCAUCUGUUUAGGACUUGUGUUAAUCCGGCAGUUUAGUGGUAUGCCUGGUAUCAUAUACUACAAUACCAAAAUAUUUCACGAGGCUGGUUUUUCCUUGAGCCCCAACAUACAGACUAUUCUUCUAGGCUCCUUAAACCUUGUAUUCACUAUGGUGUCCUCUACGGUGAUUGACAAGCUCGGUCGUCGACCUCUAUUGUUCAUCUCUGGAGCAGGAAUGGCUACUUCUACGUUCUUUCUUGGCCUCUUCUUCUUCCUCAAAGAUAGAAAUUACGACCUUUCGUCAAUUGCUUGGUUACCCCUAGUUAUUAUUUGUAUCUUUGUAAUCUCAUUUUCUUUGGGGUUCGGACCCGUUCCGACAGUACUUUUUGGUGAAACGUUUCCAAGAAAUAUCGCAACCCAUGCUCUUUCAGUCGUUUUUUGUCUCAGUUCUUUUUCACUCUUUAUAGUCACAUUUUAUUUUGAAGUAAUAAGUUUAGCGAUCGGCAGAGGAGGAAUUAACAAAGAUCUGACAACAAAUGGCUUCAGUGAGAGUGGAAUAACUUUUGGCGAUCCAUUUCAGGCAAAGCCAUAA